AUGUUCCGUGGAAAAUCUGUAGAACUGAUGUAAGAGAAAGCAACGACAGGGGUUGGAGCAAGUGAAGUAGAACUGAGACUAUAAAAACACGGAAAGAAACUCACCAUCAGGGCUAAGUUUGGGAUCAACUGCAGACAAGACUAAAGUUAGGAGUUGCGACUUCUCACAAGAUGCUGGACCGGAGAUUGGCAAGCACAUACUUCAUCCUAGCCAUGAUUGUGAUGCUGUGGAGCUCAGGAAAGGCAUUCUCUGUGGACUUAGCAACAGAGGCCUCUGAGUUUGGAGCAGCAGGCUUGCAGUCACCACCCACCGGCAAGGAAGAGAAAUCAGCCACCGACCUUGCAGCUAAGCUCCUGCUUCUUGAUGAGCUGGUGUCAUUGGAAAACGAUGUAUUCGAGACCAAGAAGAAGAGGAGCUUUCCUGGCUUUGGGUCUCCCCUGGACAGACUCUCAGCUGGGUCUGUAGAGCACAAGGGGAAACAGAGGAAAAUAGUAGAUCAUUCGAAAAAACGGUUCGGUAUCCCCAUGGAUCGGAUUGGUAGAAACCGACUUUCUGGUUCCAGAGGCUGAUGGAUUCCCAUUAUGUGUCUGACUUGUGAGAGACGGCACAGAACUUACCAAAGACGCUUCAGUGAAGUUCUUCAUUACUACUUGCUGGUUAAACUAUUAAAAAAACUAACCUUCUGCAACCCUCCCCAGAGCUUGAGAACCUCAAUGCACCAAGUCCUAGUGUCGCUAUGGUUUUAGUUAAGUCGUGCAGAUCAUUCAGUGCAUGAAUACCUUUGGCGAUAUAUUUUUUUAGUGAUUCAUAAAUUGUGACAUAUCCCCGAGAUCUACUUUUCAUACAAUUGUCAAGUAUUAUGCAUUCUUUUGCCAUGAAUGUUUUUACAAUUCAUUUCCCCCAUGUGCUUUCUCAAAACCUAUGGUUUAAAGAUCUGAAGAUGUAAAGAAAGGAACACGAAUACAGAAUCCAUAAAGAUUUAUAGAGGGCUUCUUAAUUUUUCUGAAAUGUAUCAAAUUGCUGAAAAUCUACACUCCAGGCUUAGAGAAAAGGCAGUACAUGAUUGUUUAAAUACAGUAGAAGACUGUAGCAAAGGGAAAUUAUAUUUUAAGAAAGCUGAGCAAUAGUGUUCUCUAGAAACUAAUAUCUAAAAGUUAAUAUGAGAAAAGCUAAUAUAAUUGGCCUGUGUAUAAUGUUCUACAGAACUCUGAAUUUAAAAGAUUUAUUUGAAAACAAAUUUUUGUCUCUCUUGUUUAUUUUUCCAAGCAUUGACGUGGGCUGUAGAAAUUUUCCUACGUUACAAGCUAUUGUUUUGUUUUUUUCCUUUUUAUCUCUCCAUUAGAUUUUUAUAAGCUACCAAUCCAUCCACUAGGUGCUCUGUGCCUUGAUAAAAGAUACUAAAAUCAGUAUUAGGCUAACACAUCUCAUAUUAAAGUUUGAAUUUGAACUGAAA